AAGCCUCCGCUUUCGACCGACUUCAAGCCUCCGCCUUCAAGCUCGACCGACCAUCAACAGCGACCUCCGAAAAUUCUCCUCCUCGGUUUCUUCUAACACUAAGAUGGAAGCGGCCACAAUAGAUUAUUCAGCAUCAGCAGUUGAAUUUAUGGAACUUGCUUUAGAGCAGGCUAAGUUUUCUUUCAACAAUCUAGAAGUCCCAAUUGGGUGUGUGAUUGUGGAGAAUGACAAGGUUAUUGCUUCUGGGAGCAACAAAACAACUGAAACACGAAAUGCUACAAGACAUGCAGAAAUGGAAGCUAUCGAUUUUUUACUAGAUAAGUGGCAAACGGAUGGACUUAAUCAAAUGCAAGUUGCAGAGAAGUUCUCAAGAUGUGAUCUCUAUGUUACAUGUGAACCAUGUAUAAUGUGUGCCUCAGCAUUGUCAAUUCUUGGAAUAAGGGAGGUCUACUACGGUUGUGCUAAUGAUAAAUUUGGAGGAUGUGGAUCUAUCUUAUCACUACAUCGGACUGAUUCUGAGCAGAUGUCCAGUGAAGAGAGCUUACAUGGAAAGGGCUUCAAAUGUACAGGAGGAUUCAUGUCAUCGGAGGCCAUUGCUCUUUUGCGGAGUUUUUAUGAACAGGGAAAUCCCAAUGCUCCAAAGCCUCAUCGGCCAGUACGAACUCUUGCUCCAUGCUAGAGUAGAUAUUCCCACCAAAAAAAAAAAAAAUUGGAGCAAUUUUCUCCUGGAUUCAAACAGUCUCAACGAACAGAGCUUUAUUUUUCUGAUCUCUUUUCUCUGUUUUUCAAGAAUAUUUUGCAUGUAAAUUAAAAAGAAACACAUGAAGGAGGGGGAAAAAUGCCUUUUGAAGUCAGUGGCAAGGUAUUAAUGUACAAACUCCGCUAUAAUGCAAGGCUGUCAUUCAUUUCCGCAAAAAAACAAGAAGAUCGAAUUAAUUCAUUACACAAUUUUUAUUGUUC